AUGAUCACACACUUUGCGCGCACUUCCUUUACGCGCAUCACCUGCACGUCGACCGCGCUACGUUGCUUCGCCUCCGGCUCGGCCCCCACUCCGGAGCACUCGAUAUAUAUCUCUGAGUCCACAGAUCCGUACUUCAACCUCUCAUUCGAAGAUUGGUUGUUCCGGCACAAGUCUCCCGACAAGCCAUUACUACUGCUAUACCGCGAUGAGCCCUGCGUCGUCAUAGGUCGAAAUCAGAAUCCAUGGAAGGAGGUCAACUUGCGUGCCUCACGGCAGACAGGGAUACCCUUCAUACGGAGGCAUAGCGGAGGAGGUACAGUGUACCACGAUCUGGGCAAUACCAACUUCUCAAUACAUCUUCCCAGAGCGUCCUUUGACCGCCAUGCGACUGCCCAGGUUGUGUUGAAAGCAGUGCGCUCUUUAGGAGUGGAUGCGAACGUGAAUGACCGGAACGACAUCUGUGUGGGGAAGGACAAGAUAUGUCGCUCUGCAUACAAGAUCGUGAAGGACCGAGCGUACCACCAUGGAACCAUGCUCAUCUCAACAAGGCUAGACACUCUCGGAGAGCUGCUCAGGUCUGGCAAGGAUACGAUGGAGACACGAGGUGUGGCCUCUGUACGGUCUCCUGUUUGCAACUUGCAACAGCGGUAUGGGCAUGUUGACCACGAGAAAUUCGUACGCGCGGUCAUAGACGCGUUUCGGAAGGAGUAUGACGUGCACGAAGAGGUGCAAAUGGUCAACGACGCAGAUGGAACGCAAAACAUUGAAUACAUCAAGCUUGGGAUGAAGGAACUCAAGACUUGGGACUGGGCCUUUGGUCAAACACCAGAGUUCACAUACAAGAUCGAGCACGGGUUCCCAUGGGGAGUGGUGUCCGCAGAGAUUCGCUCGAAGCACGGCGUCAUCUUGUCAUGUUCUGUAGCCUGUUCCGAAAGCACAGAGAAGGAUUUGAAGGAGCGGCUUGCAGCCCUUGUCAAGAGGUUGCAGGGCCAGCGGUAUGGCUCGGUGGAUGAUGGCAUAACGCUUCUUGCGGAGGAAGACGAGCGCGUGACUGGGGUAUGGGAGUGGCUGAGGACAGAAAUGGAUAGCUGAGGCGAUUCGCUACGGGUUGCCGUCGCGUCGCGUGAUAGAGCACAAAAUCUAUUGCAAGAGGAACAGACGGAACAGCUGCUGCAUCAUGACGUUCUCUCGGUGUACCAGACGCUGUUUGUCUCGAAUUCAGCUGGCGCAUGCGGCUCCGCCAGCUGGCCUCGUUUAUGACCCGUCAACCGUUUGUCCCGAUCCAUCAUCAUCUCGUCCCAGGCAUCGACGUUGUGACGGAC